AUGAUCCAAGCAAGUCGUAUAGAGGAAUGUAAUAAUGAAUUUCAAAUUACAAACAAUGAACUAUCAACUCCAGAAUCAACUCCACCAUUAAUAUCAACACUAUGGCUUAAACGAGCACGAAUGAUUAGUGUUUUAAUCUAUAUUCUACUUCAAGUUGCUUAUUUUAUAUUCAUAAUCAUUUGUAUUGCACUUUAUCCACGUUGUGAAAAAGCACCUGAAACAUCAUGGUGGACAAAUGGUGUAUUUUUACGUUUUUCAAAUCGUACAAUGAAAUUUAAUGAGUUAACUGAAAAACUUAUUGAUUAUAGAACUAAAUUUCAUAUACAAGCUCUUUGGCUUAGUCCAGUUUUUCCAUUAUCAAAUGAAUUAAAUCCAAUAGAAUGGAGAAAUGUUGAUAGUAAUUUUGGUAAUGAAAGUGAUUUGACUCGUCUUAUUGACAAAGCACAUGAAAAUGAUAUUCUAAUAAUUGUUGAUUAUCCAUUAAAUCAUCUAUCUAUUCAAUCAAAUUAUUUUAUUUCAAAUGAUGAUUCUUAUUUUGUAUGGAAUGAUCAAGGUAAUAUAAAUAAUUGGAAAACAAUUAAUGAUAAUCAACAAUCAGCAUGGACUUAUAAUAAUAGAAAAAAUUCAUUUUAUUUACAUCAAUUUAAUAAUGAUAAUGAUUCUAUUGAUAUUAAUUAUCGAAAUAAUCGUGUUUUUAAUGAUAUGAUUGAUUCAUUUUCUUAUUGGAAUAAAACUUUUUCAAUCGAUGGAUUUAAUGUACAAGGUAUUAGUUUUACAUAUGAAGAUUAUGAAUAUAAUAAUGAAACAAAUGAUAAUAGUAGUCGAUUGAGACAUCUUGAUGAAGAUUAUCUUUUACUUGCACGUAUUAGAGCUGAAAUCGACGAGAAAAAAAUCUUACUUCUUGAUUCAAUCGAUUCAUUAGCUACAUCUAAUGAACAAUUAUUAACACGGUAUUAUGGUGAUAAAAAUAAAUACUUAGGUGGUGUACAAUUAGCUUCAUUAAAUAAUUAUAUAUUAGUUAAUGAAACUGUAACUAAUCUAACAGCAUUAUUUGAUGAAUAUAAUAAUUCAAUAUUUUUUAAAAACCAACAACCAUUUCUAUGGUCAUCUUUAUCAUCAAAUUCUAAAUUAAAUGAAGCUUUUUUUGCUGCAUGUCUAUUUCAUAAUGGUUCUAUUUCUAUUGAUAUUGAUCGACAAGGAGAUCAAUUAUCAAAUACACAACUUAAUCGUCUUCGUCAAAUAAUAAAACUUACACAAAAAGAUGUUUUUCGUGUUGGUAGUAUUCGGCAAACUAUUCUUCCUCAGUCAAAAUGGUUAACCAUUGAACUAAAAAGACGAGGUCAAAAACAUCAUAUGAUUAUUAUUAAUUUUAAUGACAAAGAUCAAAAUGAUACAGUUAAUUUAGAACAAGGAAAAACAAAUGCAGUUGAAGUUGUUUUAACUAAUAAGGGAAAACCAGGCAAAAAAUAUGAAACAAAUACAUUGAUUGAAAUGGAUAAACCUAUUCAUUUAAAACUUUAUGAAUAUCUUAUUAUUCGUUGGUCACCAUCUAUUGAAGGACUUGGAAUUAUUUUUUAA